UCUUCGCUGAAGGUUGGAGCAGUGCAGAAGAAGGGAACAAUKACGAAACGGGUCCCAUACUCACAGAAUGUGAAUUUGUCUGUUGGUUCUUCGGUAACCAUCAGGGGGAUGGCKAGCAACACGUUCAGAAAGGACCCUCAGCUGCAGGUGGAUUUCCACACUGACCGGGACCCCACAUCUGACAUCGCCUUCCACUUCCGMGUGUACUUUGGCCACUAUGUGGUGUUGAACAGUCUGCAGGACGGGGGCUGGAGAACCGAGGUGACAUCCCACAAGAUGCCCUUUCAGGAAAACCAACCAUUCAAACUGCGCYUCUUGGUGCUGAACAAUGAAUACCAGGUGAUAGUAAACGACGAGCACCUCUACAGCUUCACCCAUCGCGUCCCGCCGAGUUCUGUGAAGAUGGUAGAGGUGUGGAGAGAUGUCCUCCUCCACUCCAUGGAGGUCUGCUAGAGAGGGACCAGGCUCCCCAGGUUGAGGCAUUCCCAGAGUCCAUGAACAGAAAUGAUUCCUCCUUACCCCUUCCCUACCCUUGGGGAUUAAAACUUUGCCAAACUUCAUGGGAUUUGUGUGGGAAGCCAUCCUGACACGUGAUUGGGCAACUCCCGUUAAGGGUCUGAGGCGCUUUGGCAGUGUCGAAGCUUUCCCGUCCCUCUCCUGAUGAGAGAGCCCAUCCG